AUGGGCUCCCAGGACCACACUAUGCAGUCAAAGAAGUUGGUUGAUCAGGGCCUCUCGGUCAGAUUGAUCGAGGCCGCAUCUGAUGUCGGCGGUACUUGGUAUUGGAAUCGAUACCCUGGAGCCAUGAGCGACACCAAUUCCCACUUGUAUCGUUAUUCAUGGGACAAAGAAGAUCUCCAGCAGUAUCCGUGGUCGCGCACCUAUCUUCGUCAGCCUGAAAUCCUAAAGUACUUGGAGCACGUUGUUGAGCGUCACAAACUGCGUCAAUACAUGCAAUUCAAUACACAGAUGAGCGGCACAGAAUGGAACCCCGAGACCUGCCUAUGGACGGUUCAGACCAGUAGCGGUCCGAACCUGGAGGCCAAGUAUUUAGUCACUGGAGUUGGCCUGCUCUCCAAGCAGAAUUUCCCAGAUUUUCCUGGCAUCGAUAAAUACAAGGGCGAGCUAUAUCACAGCGGUGCGUGGCCCAGGCAGCAUAAUUUCAAGGGAAAGUGUGUCGGAGUUAUUGGGAACGGGUCCACGGGUGUUCAGAUCAUCACCGACAUCGCCGAUGAUGUCAAACAAUUGGUCUGCUUUCAACGCACACCUCAAUACGUUGUUCCAUCAGGAGACAAGGUUGCCACUCCCGAGCAUCGUGCUGAGGUCAACGCGAACUACGAUGCGAUCUGGAAGCAGGCCAAAGAGAGUGCUUUCGCCUUCGGCUUUGAAGAAAGUACCACCCCUUUAAUGAGCGUGGGCAAAGAAGAACGCGAGAGAGUGUUUGAAGAUGCAUGGCAGAAAGGGAACGGAUUCCGGUUCAUGUUUGGCACGUUCUCCGACAUCCUGACUAGUGAAGAAGCGAACGAGGAAGCUGCUCAGUUCAUCCGCGGCAAGAUUCGAGGCAGAGUCAACGAUCCCGAGAAGGCUCGCAAAUUGACACCAACCGAGUUUUAUGCAAGACGCCCUCUGUGCGACACUGGGUAUUACGAGAAGUUCAACCAUGAACAUGUCAAUAUCGUUGAUCUCAAGGAAGCCCCCAUCACAGAAUUCACCGAGAGGGGCAUCAAGACUGCUGAUGGGACCGAGCAUGAGCUUGAUGCAAUAAUCUUUGCCACUGGCUUCGAUGCCGUUGACGGCAACUACACUAGCAUUGCUAUCAAGGGAAAGAAGGGCGAGACCUUAAAGCAGCGUUGGGCCGACGGUGCGACCUCGUACCUCGGUAUUUCUAUCCCCGACUUUCCCAACCUGUUCAUGAUCCUAGGUCCCAACGGGCCCUUCACCAACCUGCCACCCAGCAUCGAGACGCAAGUUGAGUUCAUCAGUGAGCUGAUUGCGCGUAGCGUUGAGUUAUCUGCGGCAACUGGCAGCAAUCGCGUCAUCGAAACGACUCUCAAAGCCGAACAUGAUUGGACAGAGAUGUGCGACAACAUCAGCAAGGAUAGUCUAUUCCGAAGAACUGAUUCAUGGAUCUUUGGUGCCAAUGUCCCAGGAAAAAAGAAGUCUGUCCUUUUUUACUUUGGAGGAUUAGGACAGUAUCGCCAAGUACUUGAUGCUGAGGUCAAAAGUGGAUACAAGGGAUACCAUAUUUACUAA